CCACGUUCCAUCGACACACACAAAUUAAUCGUGAAAAAAUUCCGUUCGAGACAAGACCUAUAAUAAUAACUUUCUCAACAUAGGUUUAAAGCAUACACAAAAUCUCGAUCAACGAGACUAGUUUUAACUAGUGCUUGUAAAAAAGUUAUUUUUCAAGUUCACCAUGGCUGGAUUUACAGAAAGUGCUUUGGUUAAAAAAUUGCUGGACUUAAAUCCGUCACAGCAAAGUAUCCAGACUUUAUCGUUGUGGUUGAUUCAUCAUAGAAAACAUCAUAGUACUAUAGUUAAAGUUUGGUACAGAGAAAUGUGCAAAGCCAGAGACAAUCGUAAGUUGAUGUUCAUGUAUCUGGCAAAUGAUGUAAUACAGAACAGCAAGAAAAAAGGUCCGGAAUUUGGUAAAGAGUACGAAGUAUUUUUGCCAAAAGCUUUUGAGCACAUGAAAGGAUUUGAUGAAAAAACUCGGGAGAGAUUGAAUAGACUGCUUCAGAUUUGGGAAGAACGGGGUGUUUAUGAUAAAGCACAAAUUUUGGAGUUAAAAACAGCGUUAGACUCUGCUAAUGAACCUACCAAGGAACCUGGUACUCCUCCUCCAAGAAAAAAGCCAAAAAUUGAGGAAAAAAUCAAAGUUAAGACAUCAACGCCUAAAGUUGAAAAGAAAGAGAAAAAGGAUAAAAAAGAAAAAAAAGAACGGAAAAAAUCAGAGACUGAAGUUGAAGUUGAUGGUACCAAAGAAUUACAUGUUACACUGAGUCCUAGAACACCUGCUGGAGAUCCGCCAGAAACUGAAGAGCUUAUUAAAGCUUUGAUGGAUUUGGAGAACACAGCAUCCUCGGACGCAAACGUGAGAGAAAGAAUAGCGUCACUACCUCCAGAAGUAUCAGAAGUGUCUUUACUAGCUAAUUUAGCAGAUCGUUCAGCGGCAGACCAAUUGAGCAUUGCAGUCAAUGAAGCCGCUACAUUACUCGCUGACUACAAUGGACGUUUGCAAGCUGAAAUGGAGGACCGUCGAAGACUAUUAACAAUGCUCAGGGAUUAUACUUUAGCACAAAGGCAAUUGCUACAACAAGCACAAACAACACUCGAUGAUUACAAAGAAAAGUUAAAAAAGAUAUGUGCAGUACGGGCUGAAGUAAAGUCACACAUUUCAAAUCUACCAGAUUUAACGCAGUUACCAGACGUUACUGGUGGUUUAGCACCGUUACCAUCCGCCGGAGAUCUUUUUUCACUUCACUAGUAAACGCUUAUACUAAUUAUUAAAUUGAAAAAUAAUUUUUACACUUAAUUAGUUAGUUAUUGAAUAGAUAUAAAAUUAAAAAACAACAGAAGUAUAUUAACGACACUUGAAAUCGUUGAACAAAAUUUUAUUUAACGUAAAUUCAAUACUUUUAUCAAUCGACUAUUUAAUUCGUUUUAAUUAAUCUGUUGAUUAAUAGAUAUAUAGAUUGAUGAAUUAAUUAAUUAAUUAAUUAAUUAAUUUAACUGAGAUGACUCUUGAUAAAGGCAGAUCACAAACUUCCUCAUGACGCUGUGAUUUUUUUUCAAACAAAUGAAAAAAAAGUUUUAUUGAACAAAGUUUAUAAUUAAAUCAAGCAAAGCUAAACUGACAAAUAAA